GGUAUACUAAAGGCCACCGAGCUGGUCGGUACCGGAUGUGACGUCACUCGCACGUCUCCGCUGGCGUUGGGGGCGGGGCACGGAGGGAACCAGAACGAGACUGGGGGAGGCCCGAACCGCGGAAGCGGAGAGGCGGAAGCUUCUCCCAGUAUGUCACACCCUCCUUACUGAGGAUCGAACUCAGGACCUUCAGCUUGAGAGACUGACACCUGGGCUUUCUACCCUCAAACCAAAUAAACUGGGGACUUCUGGAUUUCCAUGUUGGCCCGGGCCUUGAAAAGAGAUCGCGGCCCGAUGCCUGACCACGGGGACGUGAGCCUCCCCCCCGAGGAGAGGGUGCGAGCCCUCAUCCAGGUGGGCAGCGCCGUGGAGAUCAGCGAGGACGUGCCCCCCCGGCGCUACUUCCGCUCGGGCCUGGAGAUCAUCCGCAUGGCCGCCAUCUACUCGGACGAGGGCAACAUCGAGCACGCCUUCAUCCUGUACAACAAGUACAUCACGCUCUUCCUCGAGAAGCUCCCCAAACACAGAGACUACAAGACGGCCGUCAUCCCCGAGAAGAAGGACACCGUGAAGAAACUCAAGGAGGUGGCGUUCCCCAAAGCGGAGGAGCUGAAGAAGGAGCUGCUGAAGAGAUACACCCGAGAGUACGUGGACUACACGGGCAGGAAGAAGAAGGAAACAGAGGAGUUUGCUCGGAACUUGGCCAUCCAGCAGCAGCUGGAGGAGGAGCGCCAGAGGGUGGCCCAGCAGAAGCAGCAGCAGGCAGAGCAGGAGCAAUUUCACGCCUUUGAGGAGAUGAUCCGUCGGCAGGAGCUGGAGAAGGAGCGGCUCCGCAUCGUGCAGGAGUUUGGGAGGCCUGAAGUGGAUCUCACCGUUCCAGGUGGCCCCCUGGUCCCCGGCGUGGAAAAGCCCCCGACCGACGUGCUUCCCUCGGCGCCUGGCUUCUCCAGCCUGGGACCCGCGCCGGCUGGGCCCCCGGUGGUGGACCGGUCCUUGAAGCCCGGCUCUCUGAGCAGCCCAGAACCGACGCCCCCGCUCAACGGACUCCGCCACGUGGUGGUGCCCCAGACGCUCUGUCCGCAGUUUCUCCAGCUGGCCGACGGCAACACGGUCCGGGGCGUGGAGACGUGCGGGAUCCUCUGCGGGAAGCUGACGAAGAACGAGUUCACCGUCACCCACGUGCUGGUCCCCAAGCAGAGCUCCGGGCCCGACUACUGCAACACGGAGAGCGAGGAGGAGCUCUUCCACAUCCAGGACCAGCAGGGCCUCAUCACCCUGGGCUGGAUCCACACACAUCCCACCCAGACGGCCUUCCUGUCCAGCGUGGACCUGCACACGCACUGCUCCUACCAGAUGAUGCUGCCCGAGUCCAUCGCCAUCGUCUGCUCCCCCAAGUUCCAGGAAACGGGGUUCUUUAGGCUGACAGACCACGGCCUGGAGGAGAUUUCUUCUUGUCGCCAGAAAGGGUUUCAUCCUCACUGCAAGGACCCCCCCCUGUUCUGUACCUGCAGUCAUGUGACCGUUGUGGACCGAGCCGUCGCCAUCACUGACCUUCGAUGAAAUUUUGGCCUUAACACUGUCCAGUUACUGUAAAAGAUCUCUCCGUGUGCUGUCGCCCCUUCUCGGUUCCCCGGAGCUCCGGGAGUCUGCUCUAGCGUGCAGGGAUUUCUGCUUGAAAAAGGGGUCUGCCGUUCCGGGGGAGCCGGCCGCUCUGUGCUCCUCUCGGGGUGACAAAGACACGCGUGACUGUGACUCGACUUUGCCUCUCACUCAACACUAAUAGAACGUCUCAGUUCACUCUAGCUUUGCUCUCCCUCUUCUCGCUCUCUUUGCUCACUGAUCCACUCGUUUUUCCAGUUGGACAGACGAAGGGCAUCUGUGCAGACAGAACUGUGUUAACCCACCUGAGGCCUCUUUUAUCCCCUUCCACCAUUUAGGAAGGGGCUCCGCAUGUGGACACUUUCAAAAUAGACGCUGUGUCGCGCGGCAGGGAGACGCUUCCCCGCCGCCGGGACAGGCCAGGGAGAGGGCAAAGAAAGCAGACCAAAUGGAUGGAGGAGAAACUGCCUCCCCUGCAGAAUGCUUUUGUGUGGCUGGCCAGAGAUAUUUCUGUUGUUGCUUAACUAAUGGUUCCAGAGAGGGUUUUUUCCUCCCAAAAAUAAAGUGAUUAAAUUAACUUA